AUGGCGAAGCGCUCGGGGUGUCCGCCUGCGAGCGCACGGAGGCGACUCGCGGGAGCAGCGGUGUAAGAGCAACACGUCCAGGGAAGGGACCAGCCGCACGGCAGUCUCCGGCAAGCAGCUACUUGUCGGGGGUGGGGAAGGAGCCUGGAGAGCUCUCCUCCCCCCUCGUAUUUUUUAUUUCUGCAAGUGGAAGGAAGCAUCCUUGCAGCAGACUUCCUGGGAGGGGAGAGCGAGGGCGAGGGCGAAGCGCUUGUUUUUGCAGCUGCUUGGGUCACUGCACCAGACUUUCUCCUGUGCCUGGACCCCGCUGUUUCCUGUUUAGUUUUGGGGGGCUCUGCUCCGUGCUGCGUCGGGAGCGGAGGUUGCUUUUUUUUCUCUCGUGGUGUUGGCCCGGAUUCUCCCUCCGCCUCCAGGUUUGGCCGCCCCUUUGCCCCGAUCCUCAUGAAAAAUCACAUCUGGGGCGGCUCCCCCCGGGCUCCCAUGGCUGCGGCGAUGCCGUGCAAGAGCGCGGAGUGGCUGCAGGAGGAGCUGGAGUCCGGCGGGGGCAGCUCGCUGCUGCUGCUCGACUGCCGCCCGCACGAGCUCUUCGAGUCCUCCCACAUCGAGACCGCCAUCAACCUGGCCAUCCCGGGCCUCAUGUUGCGCCGCCUUAAAAAAGGCAACCUGCCGAUCCGGUCCAUUAUCCCCAAUAACGAAGACAAGGAGCGCUUCAUCAAGCGCUGCAAAGCGGACACAGUGCUGCUCUACGACGAGGCCACGGCCGACUGGCAGGACAACGGCGCCGCCACCUCGGUCCUGGGGCUCUUGCUGCAGAAGCUGCGCGACGACGGGUGCAAGGCGUAUUACCUAAAAGGUGGCUUUAACAAAUUUCAUACAGACUACUCUGAGCAUUGUGAGCCUAAUAUUGACAGCUCCUCCCCCAGCAACUCUCCUCCUGCAUCUGUCCUUGGCCUGGGAGGACUAAGGAUAAGUUCUGAUUGUUCAGAUGGUGAGUCUGACAGGGAGCCAAGCAGUGCCACAGAGUCGGAUGGGAGCCCAGUUCCCAACAACCAACCUACCUUUCCUGUCCAGAUCCUACCAUACUUAUAUCUGGGCUGUGCCAAAGAUUCUGCCAACCUGGAUGUCUUGGGCAAGUAUGGCAUCAAGUACAUACUGAAUGUGACUCCUAACCUACCAAACAUGUUCGAGCAUGAUGGAGAAUUCAAGUAUAAACAGAUCCCCAUCUCGGAUCACUGGAGUCAGAAUCUUUCCCAGUUCUUUCCUGAGGCCAUUGCUUUUAUUGAUGAGGCCCGUUCCAAGAAGUGCGGUAUCCUGGUUCAUUGCCUUGCUGGCAUUAGCAGGUCUGUAACAGUAACUGUUGCCUACUUGAUGCAAAAACUAAACUUGUCCCUGAACGAUGCCUAUGACUUUGUGAAAAGAAAAAAGUCCAAUAUCUCUCCAAACUUUAACUUUAUGGGCCAGUUGCUGGAUUUUGAGAGGACUCUGGGACUCAACAACCAGUGUGAAAGCCACUCCCCCAGUGAGCAGCUCUACUUUACCACACCAACUAAUCACAACCUGUUCCAGCUGAAAACCUUGGAAUCCACAUGAAGGGAAUUAUGCUUGGUUGGGAAUUCAAGCAUCAGAUAGUUUGCAUUAAGCAUUUCAAAUAUGAAAUCUAUCAGGCAGCCUUGAAAGAACUUGUUGCUCCAAGUAGAGCGGUCUGCUGCUUUAAAAAGGCUAAUACCAUUUAUUAGUAUUCUGAUGCUAAUCAAAAUGGAUCAAAGAGGUAGUUUUUUCACAGGUCCAUUUAAUAUGGGGAAUAUUAUGGUGUUCUGAACACAGCUGUUACCAGCAAUAACUGCUUUCCUGGGUGUAUUAAGACUGGCAGAACACACAAACACAUGGAGCUACCUGUGUAUUAGUUUGUUGUGGAAAGUAAACAACACUUAAGCACUUGGCCACCUUGAACAAAAGGUGUUGGCCCAAGACUGUUUUAAAAUCCAGGUUUACUUUUUUAAAAAAAGGUAAUCUUACUCUUGAGCAUUGAGUUCAAACUUUUUAAAUAUGUAAGUUCUUCACUGUUUGUACAGAUAUGGUUGCAAAACCAGUAUUUUAUUCUGUUCUUGUUUGAUCAUUUUUAAUCAAAUGUUUGUAUUGACCAAAUGCAUUUUGCACAAUUUGUGAAGCCUUGGUAUAUCUUGGCAUAUUACUGGGUACUCGAGAGAGACACGCACAUGCUGCUGCUGUUGCUAGCAUCUGAUAGAAAGUUUUACUCUUUGUGAAGGCCGGUUGGUCUUAGUAAUGUUUCACCACUCCCACACACACACAAUCACAAACUUUGCACUGAAUCAACCAAGGUGACUAAGCUGCAAACUUUUUUAAAAGCCACCCGUGCCAGAAAACACUGCUGUUGUCAAAGGUAAAUCUUGUUUAGCUUUGAGAUUUGAUAGAAGCAUGUCUGAGGUUAACUCUCAUUUUGUGCUGCCAGCUGGCCUGAAACAUUCCCACUUUUGAAGUAAAGAAAAUACUUGUGAUGUUGGCAUUUUUCUCUCAGACACUCUAAGUGUGUGUGUAUGUGUGUGUGUGUGUGUGUGUGUGUGUGGUCAGGUGGGGGAGAGGGAAUCUAUUGCUACUGCUACUGUGCAUCUGGAGCAGCGCAAGGUUUUUUAUAGUAUGACACUACUAAGCAGUCAUGCAGACACUGAGAGGAGAGUGGAAAUACAAGAAAUAACAGAGGAGUAUAAACUAACAAAAAAACUGGCAACUUUUAAGAUGAUUGGAGCUUGCAGUGGAGGUUCUGAUGGUUUUUAUCUUUUCAAGUAACUUCUUGCAGUGCCUUCUAUUAUGAGAAGCCUUGUUUAUAUUUCUGGCUAUUGUCUGGUAAACAUGUACUAAGCAGGGGAGGGUAAAAAUGGGAGGAGGGCAGAAUGGAUUUGAGGGUAUAGUGUCGUCCUCUUAUCCCCUUCUCUCCAUUUUAACUCUCAUACACCUGAAAAAAGCCACGGAUUUCCCCCCUAAAUAUCCCAUUUUUGUAUUCCUUCCCUCCCCCACAAAAAAGAACAGGUUAUAGUGGAGGGAAGAAAACCAAACUCCGUGUAGAGAAAUUGUUUGAUGGUGUUACAUCAAUGUUACCUGAAUGGUGAUGGGUUUUUUUCUUCUUUCUGAUUUGUUAACAAUGUUGGGAUAGUGGGUCAUUGGGGAAGAGAGAAUGAUCAUGAGUAUGGUUGUGAAUGGGCAAGCAAAUUUGCAAAUAUUCUAAUUGCAUCUUACCUCAUCGAGGAAUUUAUUUUUCAGGGAUUUUUAGACGGUGCAUCUGUAUUGCAUUACAGCUAAGCUGGUUUGUAAAGGCUUUUUGUGCUGUAAGUAAUCUUUACUCUUUAAAGGGAAAAAAUGUAUCUUCUGACUAAUACAAAUGAAUGCUUGUUAGUGAGGCAGUCUUGCUUUCUGAGUUAUGAAGGAAAAUUAAUGACCCUAUAUAUCCUGAACCAAUAUUGGGACUUUGUUUAUAUUGCAAAUAAAUAUUAUUUUUUCUUUAAAAA